AUGAGGAAAGGCGUCCUCUUCUUCCUCGUCUUCAACCUCUUCGUCGUCGCGCUCCUCAUCCACAGCGUCUGGUCGCUGCUUAUGCUCCUGGUCGCCGAUGGCUCAGAAGAUGCGAUAUCACGCGCCGAGCUGCCCGCUCCCGGCUCCGACACGAUUGGCGACCGGCCGCAGCUGAUACCCAAGAUCAUCCACCAGACCUACAUCAACGACAGUAUACCGCUAGUAUGGCAGGGGGCGCAGAAGAGCUGCAUGGACCUGCACUCGGACUACGAGUACAAGAUGUGGACGGACAAGAAGGCGCGCGCGUUCGUGGCAGCCGAAUACCCCUGGUUCCUCGAAACCUUCGAUGGCUACACCCACCCCAUCCAACGCGCCGACGCAAUCCGCUACUUCGUGCUCGCGCACUACGGCGGCAUCUACAUCGACCUCGACGACGGCUGCAACCGGCGCCUCGACCCGCUCCUCGCCUACCCAGCCUGGGUACGGCGCACAGUCCCGACGGGCAUCUCAAACGACGCAAUGGGCGCCGUGCCGCGCCACCCGUUCUUCCUGCGUGUUAUUGACGAGCUGCCCAAGUACGACCGCAACUGGCUGCUGCCGUACAUCACGGUCAUGGGCUCGACGGGCCCGCUGUUCUUGAGCGUCGUGUGGAGACGGUAUAAUGCGGAGGGCCUCGGCAGGGAUGGCGGGAGGGUUCGGGUGUUGUUCCCGGACGAGUACAACAAUCAUCCGUGGAGCUUCUUUAUCCAUCAUUUGGGGAACUCGUGGCAUGAGAAGGACGUCCAGUUUAUCUUCUGGAUGGGAAGGCAUUGGGUGUUUCUGGUUGUUGCCGGGUUUGCGACUGCCGGGGUCGUGUUUGCGGUUUUCUGGUGGGGCUAUGGAACGUUUCUAUCGUCUGGGAGACUCAGGGGCCCGCCGUUGCGGCAAAGACUCAGGUGGCUUAGGAGAAGGAGGAGGACGAGUAGUGCGGAAAGUGAGCUGGAGCUGCUCAAUCGGGACCAUACGAAGGUGUAG